AUGCGGUCCUACACACUGCUGGCCACGUUGGUGGCUCUGACUCAAAUCUUCAAGUCGCCUGCUCAAGCAGCCCCUCUCAGCUCCUCCUCCCAAGGCAUCACCGUGGAUCUUCCCAUCGACGACCCUUGGUUGCGCCGAUUGUUUGAAACAGAGCCCCACGAGGGAAGCCUCCACAAGCGAAACAAUGCGCCCCCAGCUCCUGCUGGAUGCCGCAAUUUGGUAGACGCGGACCUUCUUGACGUCCCCGUUCCCGUCGUCUCGGCCUGGCUCCACAAGCUGUACGACACGUCAACGUCUUGGGGUCACACUAUCUGCCCUACCCCCCAGGGAAACGAUUGCUUCGACGGAAAUUCUCUGUACGCUUAUAAUGGUAUCGGUGGUGGCAGGUUGGACAGCAUGCCCUCCCAGCUCAACGCCAAUAUCUAUGUUGGCGAUGCUGGCUUCUACACAAAAGGAUGGUCGGGUCAAUGGCCCACGGUCUGUAUGGGUACUGCCAAUAUUCAGCCAGUCACCUUUGUACCGAGCUCGUGUUCCACUCAGUCAAGCACACUGGUCGGUGGGGUUCACGGUACAAGUGCCGCAGUGACCGCUGCCAUCAAGCAAGACACUAAUCUGGCCAUUCAGGUCACAACAACUACAGAGCAGGACAUCACAGCAGGUCUAUCAGUUACCGUGGGCGAAGAUGUUGGUGUGGAGGGUGUUGCAUCGGAAAGUGUUUCCGCGACAGCCUCAUUCUCUUACGAAUACUCGACUACAUCGGGCACGAGCAAGACUACUACCACCGACAACCAGAAUACCCUCUCGAUUACUGUCAAUCCGACGGAUGGCCAAGUGUGCUCUCUGGUCGAGUACGACACAACAUGUACUGGAACGGCUCCUGUCACAAUUCCCGUAACGUUCGUGGGCGCUCUGGUCGCAUGGAUGCCAGAUGGAGUGAACACCCCAAACGAACCAUACAAGUAUAUCACGUUCGCAAUGCAAUCGCCUCUGGUAGAAUACGGCGCAGACAGUGCAAUGAACAUCGAACAGACGGUCGGGUUGAGUCUCGAGGCCAGUGGUGGCUACGACAUCUCCUGCGUCAGUGAUGGAUCUGCCACUAUCGACAAUACGGGCUACACGCCACAGCUCCAAUGCCCUGGAAGCCUUGGCAACUUUGAGGGAGUUUGCUCGGCCAACUUGGGCGACUACUUUGCCAGCGGUGCCUUGGUGACCGAUUCCAGCAACUGGGCAGCCAGAGGCCUGUACAAUCAGCAAUUCCCAGCUCCGGGGGCAACUGUCCCAUACGGCAAAACUCAGGUUUCCUUCCAAGUCCAAGGUCCUGGGAUUGCCACUGCCUCCUGCUCAUCCUCUGUGGAAGUUAGUCCGCCAUGGGAGGCAGACUUCCAGCCCCAGCUCGACGUCCUCCAGUACCCCUCUGAUGGCUCUUCUGUCUCGGCGUACUACACAGUCGACUAUGUUGGGCUCUGUGAUUCUCUCCAAGGUGGAAGCUGUCAUGUGAGCUCCAUCGCCUCCGACACUGCAAGUGGCUUCUCUUGGGCAUCGACGACGGUUGGCAACAAUCCUCAGCAGUCUUUCAAGCUCUCAAACGGAGGCCAAGCUUGGCCACAAAGCGAUACCCUGACUUUCACUGUAACGUGUUCCGAUAGCUAUGGAAAUCAGGGAAGCGCCUUGUUCUACCAAAAAGCCGUGUCCAUUCCUCAAGCCACGUCCACGGUACCUGGUGCAACCUCUACUCUGACCUUGCACACCUUGACGGAUGAUCUCGAGACGACGACGUUGACUCUAGCCACCUCUACUAGUACUCCUCUCGCUACUAAGGAAGUCCUCGAAAGUGUCGACUACUACACCACCAUCUAUACGCGAACCGUUUCAAAGAAGGCAGAAGAGACGAUCGUAAAGACGAAGACCAAGGAUGUCACCGUCACCGAUGUGCACAAGACCACGAUCACGGCACCCCAAAAGACAACUACGACUCAGCUAAGCGUUGCAGCGCCUACCACGUACACCGUCUUCGCCACAACGACGCCUACGGCCACGGUCACAGUAGCAGCCAAGUCUACCACGACACGGACUGCCUCUACAUGCACCACCGGUUCUCUUUCUAGGCAGGGUAGCCAUCAUCUGAAGCGAGCCCAUAGCUACGUUCCUGCCGUUGGAACGACGACCUUCUCCGACCCCUCGAUCACGUCCACGGUGACUGAUUCGGUCGAUACCUACACCUUGUACACCUCCGCCUACACCACGGUCACCGACUCCAUCGAUACCGUUCAAGUCACCGCUCCUACUUCUACUGUCACGGACUUCUUCACCGCAGAAUCGAAGUUGUACACCGUGUUGACCAAGUACAAGAAGCAGACCACCGUUACUUCGACUUUGACCUCGACGACUACUGUAGAGACGACGAGCACUCGUGUCUCUCAGCCUCCCGUCACCACAGUGACAUUGGCCCCUACCGCAGACCAAUCCACUGUCUUGAAGACUGUGACCAGGACUGCUUCGACGGUGACCAGCUACGUCACCCCAAGUCUCGCCACUACCACGACGACGCCCAAGUGCACUUCCACCUCGAGCUCAAGCAAAUGCACCACAUCCACCAAGCCUUCCAAGUAUGUCAAGGCUGCAGCCACUGCUCCCGCCAAAAGGUCGCGCUAA